GUUUACUGACUUGUUCCUCAAGGCACUGGAUCAGGGAUUUGGAACAGCUGGCACAAGUCAUAAAGAAUAUAAGCUCCUUCAUUACACCUGCAAUUGGGAUUUCCCACUGCCUCUCAAAGGGAGACCCUGCUUCUCACAAACCAAGAGAGUUUGCUGAUAUUCAAGGAUUGUUUCCCUGAGGAAUGCAUUCUGAUAAGCAAAAAAUCAGGCAAAGGAUGCAAGAAAACUGUGUAUGGAAAAAAAAAAGAAUAGUCAUUACUCAAGCGCAAGCAGGAAAUACACAGGAGAUGGAAGCAGGGUCAUGCCACUUGGAAAUAAUGUAGAGACGCUGUCAGAGUAAGUAGAAAUGAGAUAAGGAAGAUCAAGGUCCAUCUGGAAUUAAAUUUGGCCAAGGAUGUCAAGGACAACAAGAAGGGCUUCUUCAAAUACAUCAAUAACAAGAAAAACUAAGGAUAACAUGAGCUUGUUACCAAAUGGAGGAGGGACCGAGGACACAGAGAAGGCAGAGUGGCAUCACUGAAGGAGCCAGCUGUUACUGCUGUGGGAGGUCAAGAGCUCCUUCCAAUUGCAUCGUCUGUGUCAUCUGCAAAACCCCCAGUUACAGUCCCCAGUGUGCUGGUUGCAGAGGCCACCUUGUCAACUGGGAUCACAUCAAGUGCUCUAAGCUCCAGCUCCUCCAUCAGUUGGGAGGCUGUGGAAUCCUUGGUGUAGGCAUCUGGCUGGCUGUUACCCAAGGGAACUUUGCCACCCUCUCCUCUUCUUUCCCAUCCCUGUCUGCUGCCAACCUACUGAUCGUCACAGGGACGUUUGUCAUGAUCAUUGGCUUCGUGGGCUGCAUAGGUGCCAUCAAAGAAAACAAGUGCCUCCUGCUGAGUUUUUUUAUCAUGCUGUUAAUUAUAUUUCUGUUGGAGCUCACUGUUGUGAUUCUGUUCUUCGUCUACACCGACAAGAUCGACAAGUAUGCUCAGCGGGAUCUGAAGAAAGGACUUCACUUGUAUGGGACAGAUGGAAAUAUUGGCCUCACUAAUGCAUGGAGCAUCAUUCAAACAGAUUUCAGAUGCUGUGGAGUCUCCAACUACACGGACUGGUUCGAAGUGUACAACACAACCCGGGUGCCAGACUCCUGCUGCUUAGAAUUCAGUGAGAAUUGUGGGCUCCAUUCCCCAGGGACCUGGUGGAAAGCGCCUUGCUAUGAAACUGUGAAAGUAUGGCUCCAGGAAAACUUACUGGCAGUGGGAAUCUUUGGAUUGUGCACAGCUAUGGUGCAGAUUCUCGGACUCACCUUUGCAAUGACCAUGUAUUGUCAGGUAGUCAAGGCAGACACCUACUGUGCAUAGAUACCAUUCCCAAUCUUUCUGCUUCUCCUCCAAAGGACACAGGAGAAAUCCCCUUCAUGCUCAUUCAUCUGACCUUUUUCCCCCCCACUUUGUACUAUAAACUGUGUAUAAUGCUAUCUUUCUGAAGAUUUUGUGAAUCACCCCACUGUACUGAAGGAGGAAGAAAAGAAAAAAGUCAGUACUUGAACUGGCACAGGUAAGAAGCAGCCUUGUCUUUAAGCAGAGGAAAACCAAAAAAGCAAUGGCUCCUUUUCCAUAGCCUGUGGCAAGGCAAGAGAGGCUGCUUACAAGGGGCUGACUGCAAACCCAUGUUAGGAAAAGAUGGCACUGAGGCAACCUCUGCCAAAGCUGCCAGGCUGCCUUCCCACAUUUCCCAGCCUGGAAGAGAGGACGUAGAAAACAAAUGUUCUUCAGCAAGAAGGUACAGAGUAGCUAGGACUGAAUGCAAUUCUAAUUUUACUACAGUUUGCACCCAACUAAAAUGUCAAGAUCAAGCAGCCCUGCCUCCAAGUGUCUCAAGAUGAUUUUGUAGCCAGGAGAGGAUCAUCUUCAGAAAUACAUUGUUUUAAAGGAGUAUUUUUAAUCUUACGUGCCGCAAAGUCAGGCUUUUAAUCAGAAUCUGUACAGCAAGAUCCUGGCUGUUAAUAGAAAACAAUAUUGGACAUUGCCUCACUUCCUAAUUGCCAGUGGCAUAGAGAUGGUUGACUGCAUAUGUUAUAUAUAUUACAUUCAUAAACACAUACUUUUCUGAAAGGAGGUGAAAAUACCCAGCAUCUAACUUCAGAAAGAGGAAACCUUUCUAUCCUAUUUUACAUUCCAACUGAAAUAACCAAGUAUUAUUUCUUGUACAAAGCACUAUCACUUAUACCUCUGGGAAACAAGUAAUUACUUUCAGCUGUAUCUUCAUUUCAGUAAACAACUUGCGAGUGGGCUCUCUCUGUCAGUCUA